AUGGAGGACACGAAGACAAAAAAAAGAAUAGGGACGUACGUCCAUCGGCUUCAAAGCAGCCGUGCGGCGCCGCGCGGCGGCCACGCCAAUGGAAGAACGCGGCAGACCGAGAGGCAGAGACACAGGGAGUCAGACGGAGACAAAGGCAAAGACACAGCGAAUCAGAAGCGCUUCACUGAAACUUCUGAGUGGUCUGGUGAAAGCGUGAUCAAACCCCUUCCCCUUUCUAACCACACCGCCCGCCUUGGCCUUCGCUGUGUGCUCACCCACCCCCGCCUGCGGCGUCGUCGUCGCGACGCGGCCGGCGUGCCGCGGGCGGGGUGGGGCGGGGCGUGGCGGGCGCUGGCGGGGCGGGGCGUGCGGGGCGGUGGGGGCGAGGGGCAGCGCGCGCGCCGGCGCGGCUCGGUGGGGCGGGGAGGGCGGCAUGGCGGGCGGCGCGGCGCCGGCAGUUGCGUUCGCGGGGCUGACGCGGACGGGUGCGUGGCGCUAGAUUGCACGUGCGCGGGCGUGCUGCACAAUCGCAAAUUUAAUUUGCCCUUGUCUUCUAAAACUUUUCCAAACAACUGUGAAGGGUCUCCACCCAUCGUUCAUAUCAAGCGUGUAAAACCCGUCAGCAAACCUCCGUACCAUCAAACGACGUCCACUCGUGCCCACAAGGAUACUCCGUCAUCCAACAGUCGCCUCCCGCUCCAGCGGCGUGGAGAACCCGUCGGUUGCGUGUCAGAUAUGAGUACUCCACCGCUUUUGCGGUCAGAUAUGUCUGAUCUAUAA